GCAAGAAUGAUGAACCAUUACAACAUAUUCUCACACCGCCUGCCACGCCAAAGAAAUCUAUCAAAAGGGCAGAAUGUCACGAAAAGAAUGAUCAAGAGGAAGUUCAAUUGCCACAAGAACCACAACCAGUACCAAUAGAAGGCCAGAAUGAUGAACCAUUACAACAUAUUCUCACACCGCCUGCCUCGCCAAAGAAAUCUGUCAAAAGGACAAAAUGCCACGAAAUGAAUGAUCAAGAGGAAGUUCAAUUGCCACAAGAACCACAACCAGUACCAAUAGAAGGCCAGAAUGAUGAACCAUUACAACAUAUUCUCACACCGCCUGCCUCGCCAAAGAAAUCUGUCAAAAGGACAAAAUGCCACGAAAUGAAUGAUCAAGAGGAAGUUCAAUUGCCACAAGAACCACAACCAGUACCAAUAGAAGAAAACACAAGGAAUGACAAUUUAAUCACCAGACAGGCACUCAAUGAACUAUGGCGUUCGAAUAGGACAGAAGAAGUUUUUGCAGAAUGUGAUAAGAUAUGUGCUUUUCUGAUGCAGACGUCAAAGUCUAUUAUUCAUGUAUAUCCAACCUAUGGCGGAAAAAAUAAAGACAACGUAGAAUUUGUAGUACUCACUAACAAGAAACUUCGUCGUCCAAAAAAUAUCAAAUAUGCUCUCCAUAUAAGGAAAGUAAAAGAAUGUUCAGGUGAAAGUAUAGCUAUUAUGCGAAGUGAAAAAUGUAGUCGAAACAGAUAUAGGCUGAAACAAGAGGAGGCAAAAGUUAUCAGGGCAGUCAUUAACAAAAAUGCUAAAGAGCUGAUGUUAAAUCACAAAUAUUUGUCCGUGAUUACCGGGAGUGGAAUACGAUCGAAGAAUUACGGCAGAAAAGUACACCAUAUAAAAUCCGAGCCUUGUAUUGCUAUGUAUGUUUGUAUAAAAGGUAAAAUGCCGUUAGAUGAGAAAGAACUACCAAAAGAGAUAAACGGUAUUCCAGUUGAUGUGAGAGAGGGCUUCUUCCAAAACAGUACUUCAACUGCCGAUAAAUAUCAGAAGAAUCUACGUCUAGGGAGCCAGAUUUCAUCGAACGUAAAUGCGAAUGGUAUUGGAACACUCGGUGGAUUUGUAGAUCGAAAUGAAUACGGCUUGUGUGGUGUAACAUGCGCUCAUGUUGUUCUGAACGAAAGAGAAUUGCAUGAUCACAGGAGCGUAGAAAGAGUAAUAUGGGAAGAUGGAAAUCGAUAUAUAUACCAACCAGCAAAAAUUCGACCGAAAAAUCGAGUAGGUUCCUUGAAAGAAACCGUCUUUAGUUCCGGCAACAAUGACCGCCGCGAAGCUGGUGUUGACCUUGCUCUUUUUAAGAUUGAAGGCAGACACCCGGAUUCAGGUGAAUUUCCCGAAACAAGUGAAAACGUGCGCUACGAUACCGGGCGCCUUGUCAGAGAAUCUCAGUUGAAUCUUUACAACAGAAAAGUUCUAAAGUAUGGACAAACUACUGGCCGAACAGACGGUUACAUAGAGUUUAUUGGCACUGCUGUAAAAAGGAUUAAAUUUAGUCCGAAGAACACUGUAGAAAGCAAUGACUUCGACUAUAUUCUUUUUGACCAGCUUGAAAUACGGCCAGAUUUUGCACACGAUCGUUUCUCUGACGCUGGAGAUUCUGGAGCCUUAGUGUUUAAUGAAACCGUGAAUAAGGAGCUUGCUUGCGUUGGUAUGAUUGUGGGAAACGUAAUUGUCAAUGAUGGGACUAUACGUAGAGGAAACAGUAUUGUUACGCCCGUGUCAGCAAUCAUGAAUAAACUUGGUAUUUCUGAACUAAAAAGUUUUGUUUGGAACAGGAUUGAUAGUAUGGAAAAAAACAUUAGCAGAAUAGACAGACGCCUUUGGUUGUUAGAAAACAUGGACAUGCGCAUGAAAAACAUUGAAAAAAUGAUUCAAGCCUCUACCAGCAAACGUUAGAAUUUCACAGGUCAAGUCAAAAAAGGGAGAAUGUUGAUUGUACAGACGGUGAAGGCAAGAACAAAAUGUUUGCCAUGAAACAACGACUUAAAAAUAAUUGACUGUUCCUUGUCAAUCAAAUUAGUCAAGUUUUGGUACAGAGCUAUGAACUUUUAUUUUGAAAUAAUUGGUGAAUAGUGUUAUACAGUUGUUUUGUGCCGGUUUGCGGUUGGGGAGGCUGUGGUUUUAGAACGUGGCUUUCCCUGUAAUGUUUUCAUCCUUGUUUUGAUAACAUUAGGGCGUUAUUUUAUAGAUUGCAAAAAGAAUUUCAACUGAAUUGGACCUCAAAAAUGUAUCUGUCUGUCCGCCCGCACUUAGCUUGCACUUGUCCUUAUAAGCCCUGGAUGGAUUUCAGUAAACCUUUACUUGAAUAAUUCAUAUGAAAAUUAGUUGUGCACAUUUGGAUUAUUUUGGGGGAGUAAUGGUCCCUUAGCGUUUUAAUAUUUUUCCGGACAGUUUAAGUUUAAGGUCACACCGACGUUAUUAUAGGUAAUAUGGCGAUUUUCAAGCUUUGAUGGUGGAGGAAGACCUCAGGUGGCCCUACGUGCAUUAUUUCAUCACGAGCGGGUACCUGGGUAGAACCACCGACCUCGAACCCACAUCGAUUCCAAGUCCGCAAAAGAUUCGAAGUCAGUGACCUUAACCCUUCGGCCACGGACUACUCCUUUACUAUGGUUGAUUUUGAAUAAAACUUCAUAAAAUUAUCAGUAACAAGGAUAGUUGCGCAUAUUCUAUGGGUUUUACUUUGUUGGAUAUUAUCAUCCUUUUAUUUUUAUACAUAAAGGUAUAUUGUGAUUCUAAACCGCAGGAUGAUUGCGCGUCUACAUAUCCUGUGGACGUGUAUUCGAUCCCCGGGCUAGUUGUUACAAAACUGAAUACUGUUGAAAAACGGCGUUUAAACAAAAAACAAACAAACUAAUCAGAAUUGCAUAUUGUAUUUUCCUCUGUAACAGCUACAAGCUGGAAUGUUGCAGAAUAAUGCUGUGCCGGUGUAACCUGUAACAUUAAAUAUUGACCCCGUUGAAAAUUGACCCCAUUGAUCAAAACUUAAUGUUGAAAUGUUGGCGAGGUCAAUUCUCAACGUUGGAAAAACGACCUUUUGAUCAAUAUCUAAUGUUGAAAUGUUGACGGGGUCAAUUUGCAACGUUGAAAGAGGACCUUUUGAUCAAUAUCUAAUGUUGAAUGUUGACGGGGUCAAUUCUCAAGGUUAAAAAAGGAUCCAUGGGGUCUAUUUUCAACGGGGUCAGUAUUAAAUGUUACACCGGCGUGAUUUGGUUAGAUUGCAGUGUAGUCCAAAAUCAUUUGCAGUGAUCGAUAGCUGCUCAGGUAUAACAGAGAAAUGUAGCUCAAAUCAAAACAGAAAAUAUUUGGCAAUUACUUUGUGCAUGUUUUGCUAAGAAACAUUAAUUCGUCAAAUAGUAAUCAGGGUCGAACGUUAUUAUAGUUCGUUUAAAGGCAAAGAAAAUCUCCUAUAUAAGUGACCCCCCCUCCCAAAUACCAGACUUUUUAAUCCCCAAUAUACAAGAUCCUGUCUGGUCCAGUCUGUAGACUUGACAUGUAGCCUAAUUAUUGUCAGAGAAUCAUAAAUUUGAUUGCCUACAAAUAAAUUGGUUAUUUCCUGUGUUUUGCAUUUUAUUGAUUGAAUUGCUGUUUUUUUUUUCAGAAUGUACACAAAAUUAUUUUAAUUGAUAAUAUACUAAUUUUGAUUGUUCAGUCAUGUUGAGUAAUGUCCUGGCCAAUUAAAUUAUAACUCUUAUAGCAAAGUAAUUCUCACUCCUUAACAAUAAAAUAAUUAUGUAGACCUCAAUAAGAGAAAUUACAAGUUUGUUUAUUCAAUGAUUAUGAUCUUUUUAUCAAAGGUAACAAAAGAAAACCAGAAAAAAUGAUAAUUGCUGGAUUUUAUUAGAAAUUAAAGAAGCGUUCAGUUGCACUUUUAAUAGAUAAAAAAGGAAUAUGGACAGAAGGAUUUUAUAUAUUAAAAUGCAUAAUUCCCCUUGUCUUGUCUAAACAACGUUUCUUUUAUAUAUAAUAAAAUCCAGCAAUAAAGAUAUAUCAUUGUUCAAAAUACACAUAAUUUAUUAUUUCUAAAAGCUAUGUGCCUGAAUGCAUUUUUUUUUAUAUUUUUGAUAAAAAGAACAGCAAUAAUGAGAUGAAUUUGUUAAAAAACUUGAUUUAUUAAAAAUCUGAUAAAAACACUGUUGUAUCUUAUCACUUUGUUUAUUUAGCCCUAAUUCAAUCAAGCUUUCUAAACUCGUUAUAAAGGUGAGAACUGAUUUGCUACAAAGGUGAGAAAUAUCACCUGCAAUUUAUUUACUGCACAGUAGCUAUACAGUAGCUUAUUAUGAUAAACAGAAGCAAGUCUAUCAAUGGUCCAGACGUGUGUAUUGGCCCUUACCGCCAAUACGCAGACCUUAUCAUCCCCAUAG